ACCCAGAGAAGACCCAGCUUUCCCUACUCCCCAUGUCUUUCUGUGGCAGGGCCUGGCUGGGGAAUGGGGCUCCUUCGCCUGGGCCUGGGUGGCACCUUGGAGAUCCCCUGCCUCUCUCCUCGCUGAGCUCCUUCACGGAUGCCUGUGUCUGGUCCCACCCUCCACAGGCAUGACCCACGAAGACAUCGUCCAGGAAUCCAAGAAGUACUGGCAGCAGAUGGAGGCCCAUGCAGGGAAGGCCAGCAGCGGCUUGCAGGGCGCCCCUCGGACACAUGGGCCCAGCACCUUCGACCUGCAGAUGAAAUUUGUGUGUGGCCAGUGCUGGAGGAACGGGCAGGUGGUAGAACCUGACAAAGACCUCAAGUACUGCAGCGCCAAGGCCCGGCACUGCUGGACCAAGGAGCGGCGGGUCCUUCUGGUGAUGUCAAAGGCCAAGAGGAAAUGGGUGUCUGUGAGGCCCCUGCCUUCCAUUCGCAACUUCCCACAGCAAUACGAUCUCUGCAUCCAUGCGCAGAACGGCCGAAAGUGCCAGUACGUGGGGAACUGCUCCUUCGCACACAGCCCGGAGGAGAGGGACAUGUGGACGUUCAUGAAGGAGAACAAGAUCCUGGACAUGCAGCAGACCUAUGACAUGUGGCUGAAGAAACACAACCCGGGGAAGCCAGGGGAAGGGACCCCAAUCAGUUCUCGGGAAGGGGAGAAGCAGAUCCAGAUGCCCACGGACUACGCCGACAUCAUGAUGGGCUACCACUGCUGGCUCUGCGGUAAAAACAGCAACAGCAAGAAGCAGUGGCAGCAGCACAUCCAGUCCGAGAAGCACAAGGAGAAGGUCUUCACGUCCGACAGCGACGCCAGCGGCUGGGCCUACCGCUUCCCCAUGGGCGAGUUCCGGCUCUGCGACAGGCUCCAGAAGGGCAAGGCCUGCCCAGAUGGGGACAAGUGCCGCUGCGCUCACGGGCAGGAGGAGCUCACCGAGUGGCUGGACCGGCGCGAGGUGCUGAAGCAGAAGCUGGCCAAGGCCCGCAAGGAUAUGCUUCUGUGCCCGCGGGACGACGACUUUGGCAAAUACAACUUCCUGCUGCAAGAGGAUGGGAACACCACCGGUGCCGCCCCGGAAGCCCCUGUGGCCGCCGCUGUCACCGGGGAGUAGGGCCAGCUCUGGGCCUCGGGUGAAGUCCUAGGGUCGGGGCGGGGGUGGGGACAGAGGGCCUGAUAGGAGGGCCAGGGCAGGCCAGGGCUGGGGGUGGGGGGCCGCCUUCCUCAGGCAGCCCCCGGCCCCCUGGGGCCCCAUCCAUCCUCUCUGCGCCCACCACCUGUGUGCGUACCCAGGUGCACGUGCUGCAGCCCUGAGUGGUCCCAGGGUCCUCAUCCUGCUGGAACCCCGGGCAGCUAUCCCCCACCCCACCCCACCCCCGGCUCUCCUGGCUGGGGACGGAGGGGCCUGGCCGACCCCUCCAGCUUCAGCCUACAGCUUUAACUUCUGUCUGGUCCUAAAGGGGGCCCAAAGCUCAGGGCUGGGGAGCCUGGGGUCCCCACUUGAAUCUGCAGCGGGAGGGUCCUUCUCCCUGCCCCACCCUCACCCCACACCCACCUCCCCCAGGGGGCAGAUCAGGACAUAACAGAGGGCUGGAGGCCCCAAUUAGCUUUAAAACACAGCCCCAGGAUGGAGCUGGGAACACACUCCUGGUCGCUUGCCCUCUGGGGCCUCAGUUUCCCCUCCGGUUGGAAGAGUGGGAGGGGCUGGGCUAGAUGAUCUCUGGAGCCUCUCCAGUCAGGCCCCCAGCCUAGCCCUCUUCCUUGUGGGCCACCGAAUGUAGACUGUAGGUGCUCAGAGUCCUUGGAGAUGACUCAGCCCAAACGCCCUUAUUGCAGACAGGGAGACUGAGGCCUGGAAGGGACGGGUGAUCUGCCAGGGUCUCCAGCCCAAGGCACAAGGUAGAGCCAGGAGGCAAACUAGUCAAAAGGCUAAGGGCCAGUUGUCUGCUGGAGCCUCCGGGCUCUUGGCAGGAAUAGGACAGUCUCUGAAUCAGUGUGGCAUCGGGGUCCCAGGCGGUGCCCCCUGUGGGCUGAGGAAGGGAGGCUCAGGCUCAUGUCAGCACCAUGUAGAGGGACUGUCCCCUCCUGAGGAUGGUUGUAGGGAGUGUAGCAGCAUGUUACUUCCCACGCCCAGUAGGGGUGGUGGUAAUGGGCAGGGCACCCGUGGGCUCAGCUUCUGCAGGAUGAACUGGAAGGAAGGGGAAGGGUGGGGGUCGGAAUACAGAGGGAAGGGAGAUGACCCUGGGCACCAGGGGCCACUCUAGGAUCGGACACAGCCCCUCUUUCUUGGGGACCCAGCAUGGCCCUCUUCCCCUUCUCCGCAGACCUAGACGUACAGUUGCCCCUGUCUGUCCUAGCCCUCUCUGAUUCCCGGCCCUACCAGCUGCCUGGAACCUCAGCCGACCCCCAGCACCUGCCCCCAGCCACUAAGCCCUGCCCCAUCCCUCUCGUAUGACCUGUCUGCGUGCACCCCCUCCUCUCCAUCCCACCCCCUGUGGGCACACCCAGCGUCCCCUGGUUCCCGAGACAUUCCAGAAUGUCCCACGCAGUUGGCACAAGGAGUGGGGCCCCCCCGGAAGGAACCUGGGACCACAGCUGGAGUCAGGGGUGGGGGUGAGACUACCCCCUCUUAUGGAAUCCCCCUCAUUUCUCCUCAAGCAAGGAUCGAUAGUGAGCGAUGAUGUGAUUCUGGGCACCCCGGGCGCAGAGAACCCUGUUCCUCCUGCCGUCACUGCCCAGCCUUCCCCAGUAAUCGUGGCAUGCACCCUUUCCUCCCCCUGCCCCUCCCCCAGCAGGCUGGCAGCGUGGUGCCAGCGGCAUGACUGGAGGGGAGGAGAGACCACACCCAGGGUGGGGGCCGUGGCUGUGAAUGUGGAUGACACUUGUUUUCCCUGAUCCGUGGUGUUGCAGUCCGUCGUCACCAGCCUCGUUUUUAGUGUGUAUAUAUGUCGCCCCCGUGAUGCAUAUAUACACAGGUAUUAAAUAUAUCGCUCUAUAUAAUAUUAUAUAUGUGUGUGGUAUCCAAGGAAUCACUUCUAAUGAGGGCUAAAGAUAAAGAAUUUGGCCAGAAAAUGCAGCCAUCCUGGUGUAAUUAAGAGGGAUUUUUCAGAUGCAGGGACUUGGAGCUGUGGGUUGGAGGGGGUUUGGCAGUAGGGGCGGGAGCGGCCCUGCCUGGGCCCAGUUCCCAGAGCACUCCGGCCUCACUGGGAGCAGUGGUGCUCCAGGAAAGGAAAUGAUUGGUGUUUGUCUCCCACCCAGAAGAAUAGGAUCAGAGUCCAGAUUUUUCUUCUUCAGCCUGUUAUCCAUCCAGGGGCCAUUGAGAUCUGGGGCUCCCUGGCCUGGCCAGAGCUGGAUCCCCCACAGAGUUGGGCAGAGAGCAAGAGGCAGGGGGUGGGGGGACAGGAGUCCACUUUGAAUGAUGAGAGUGAUUAUUUCAGUCGUGACCCCGACUGGGAGGCUUGGAGAGUUGAAUCGGGGCCUGUGCCCCCUGCCAGCAGGCAGAGACUAGACUUCGAACAUGGCGGGGGCAGGCGCCCCCGAUGUGAGUGUCCCUUUGGGGUAGGGGAAAGAGGGAUGCUGCAUUUCUCAGCUGGGCAGUAAUCAAUUUAAUGGUCCUUUUAAAAUGUCUGUGUAUUAAAAAUUUAAGAAUACCACACUUUAAUAUUAAAUAUUCAUAAGGUCUAGUAUCUUGAUAAUAAUGUAGAUGUUUUAAUAACAAUUUUUGUCCUUCUUAAAAUAAAAUGAAAGAAACUUGAUUCUUUUA